GAGUCUUCAAACAGCCGAACGCAAUUUGGCACCACAUUUGAUAUCGGAUAGAGCUCCAGUUGCAUUUGGUGAUCUUACAUCACGUAGUAUGUGAUCUUAGUAAUGAUCUGCCAUGCACAGAGGUUACAUUUUCCACUGAUAAAUUGUUAACUCCGUUACUUAUUUUUCUUUUUCUGAUAGGUUUCCUGUCAGAGUAAAUUAAGACGUGCAAUUUUAUUCUCCGUAAAUCUAUAUGUAAAGUUUUAUUUACGCUUUAUAUUUGUGCUAUUGAUGUAUAGAAAAGGAUUAUGGAGAUUUUAGUUUUUCUUCGCUAAUGCGCGUUAUAGAAGUGUGAAUAAAUCUAAGUCAUUUUUCUGUGUCAUAUUAAAUUAAAUAUUGUGGAACACUCGGACAAAUACUAAAAAUGUACUCCUCGAAAAGUUUUGUUUUCUUCAAUCUGUUGGUGAUUCUUGGACUUCUUAGCGUUGCAGAAUCUUUCUUGCCCCUGAUGUCUGAGUGCGAUACGGACUGUGCGCCGGAGUCCGUCCCGGUGUGCGGCAAUGAUGGUAGGACGUAUGAUUCCCGGUGUGACAUCGAGAAAGCUAAAUGCCAGGGACAUCCCGUCGAGUUCAAGCACCGAGGGAAGUGUGUAGAAAAGGCACGUUGUGAAGCUCAGAGGACUCUCAUGUUGGAGCAAGGGCACAAGACUGAGCUUUUCAUUCCAGAUUGCAAACCUGAUGGAAGUUAUGCUGAAGUUCAAUGCCAUACAUCAACGGGUUACUGCUGGUGCGUCGAUGAAGCAGGCAAACCAGUCAAAGGAUCCUCUAUUCAACACGAGCGACCCAAUUGCGCUGUCAAAGUUAGGCAACAGUUGGCUGAGAAAGGUAGGCCUCAGAUUGCUGAGGGAGCAGGAAGAAGAUCAACUAGAAGACGGUCUUCUAGAGGCAAGAAAAAUAGGAAAGUUUGCGGUAGUAACGAGAGGGCUGAAUUUAACAACAAUUUGAUUGAUACAUUUGAAUCAGAAUAUAACCGAGUACCUCAUACGACAACGACAACGAUUGCUGUUGGUAACGAUCCUUUGAGAGAUACCCAUGAGAAGGAAGUCGUGCAAUGGAAAUUUGAUCAAUUGGAUGACAAUGGGGAUUCGUACUUGAAGAAGAAAGAACUCAGAGAUCUGCGACGUAUGACAAAGAGAAUUGUCAAACCCAAAGUGUGUGCCAAAACUUUUGCCAAGUAUUGUGAUCUAGAUCAGGAUAAGAAGAUUUCGCGGUCUGAAUGGUCUGUCUGCGUAGGCGUUGAUAUCAACAGUAAGUUUUCUUUCCGAUUGUUUAUGUCUCUGAACUCAGAUGAACAGGUGAACGGCGUGGAUGACUUCCUGGACGAUGCUCCGAAAGCGGAAGACGAUCCAACCACAACCUUGCCAGUGAAAGCGGAGCCAUGGGAUAGAAGCCAAACGAUGCCUCGGUUACGUCAUGACGGUCACUCUUCUCUUAAGGAGGACGGAGCGGAUGAGGAUUCUAAAGAAGAAGGUAUGCCGUUGUUCCAAACAGAACCACAGGAUUGCAAUAGUGCCCGUCACAUAGCACAAGAAAGCCACAGACAAGAUCCCGCUGCCGGUAUUUAUAUACCAGAAUGCACACCGGAAGGGUUAUAUGUUAGAGCACAGUGCCAUAGGUCUCCUCAGUAUUGUUGGUGCGUCCACCCUAGGACAGGAAGACCCAUCAAAGGUACCGCAACUCAAGGUAUCAAACCAGAUUGUGAUAAUGCCAGGAGAGGGGUCAAGAACUUCAAAGGUUGCUCUCUGCACAAGAAGCAAGAGUUUUUAGAUGAAUUGGUGCAAUCUUUUAUUAAAGAAAUGAUUGAAGAUGCUAAAAAUAGAUCACUCAGUAUCGAUACUCCAACCGCAGAAAAAGCUGCAAGGUGGAAGUUUUCAUCCAUAGAUGUUAAUAAUAAUUCGGUACUGGAUAAGAGAGAGUGGAAGAUUUUCAAGAAAGAAUGGCGAUCCUUCCAGAAAGACAGCAAGCAAAAGAAGAGAUUAAGGAAAUGCUGGAGAAAUCUGCCUCGUUUCUGCGAUGAGAAUGACAACCAGAAGAUUACGAUGGACGAGUGGUUAGCCUGCACGAGUAUAACACGAGAUUCCAAAGGCGUCCUUCCACGAAACCAACAACGGCGUGGCAAAAAUCCCUUCAGUACUAUCCUGAAAAGUGAUUAAGGCUCGCUUCCUCUUCAUCUGUUUAAGCAAGAGAGAAUGCCCGCUGCUGCUGAGAGAGACACUGCAAAAAAUGUUUCUCUGCUUUGAAUAUACGUGAAAGUCUCAAACAAUACAAGUCAUAUUAUCGCCCAGUGUUUGUAUUUAAAAGUUCCGUUCUACCGACCUCUAAACGUCGUAUUAAUAACUAGUAUUAUUUAUUUAACUUUUCGUAUGUUUGGUGUUCUUCAAAAAUACAGUCAGUGUAGCAUGCAAAGCGUACAAUUACCAGCUGUUACAGUGCAUCCCCUACAUGUAUGGAUUAUCAUCAGAUGUCGAGCAGAAAAAGUUAUCUCGAGUUUAUGAUUAUUUGGUAUUCACUCUCUGGAACACUUGUCUGAAGGUAUCUUCACAUAACCUUUGAUUAUGGAAUGUUCAGGUUCAUUUACUGUAAAAUGCGUAAGAUUUUCUGUUAGAGCUAGAUACCGCUUAAAAAACUGAAAUACUGAAUUUUGGAGGCAUUCACGAAUCAAUAAGAAACUUAAGUGGUAGCUGUGAAAAACAUAUUGUUGAAGGAAAAAAGUAGAAACUAAAUAAUAAUAUAUAUCAUUUUUAUGGCGAGAGAAUUUCUUUAGUUGUUAAUUACUAUAAUUGGUCAAUUAUAUUGUGGAAAAAUGAAGAAGUUUACUUGAAACACAGAAGCAAAAUAACCUUUACAGAUAUCAGAGCAAAAACUGUGUAAACUACGUCCGAAUACGUACUAAAGUAAAUAUUUUAAUAACACGUACAAGAAAUCUAUAUAAAUUUUACAAAAAUAUGUAAUUUAAUAAAUAUUCUGGAAGAUUCAGCACAUCCAAAACAUUGUAAUUUCGACAGAAGGAAGAUCCUAAUUAAUUGGUAAAGGAGACUUCUGACUGACAGAUUGUGCUUUUCAGUACAGGAUUUAAGCCUUUAUGCAUUAGAAAUCUUCUUUUAUACUGCUACAUCAAAAUGCUUUUAUUACUACUGAAUUAAAUCAAUAUCAUAUUUUGAACAUGAUUGCUCUUCUGUUUAAUAAUGCUUCAUGCUACUGUUCAACAUAUUCUCAAAUGUCGUGAAUAAACUUAGGUCAAAAUGUUUAUUAUUAUUAAAAAUGACUAUUCAUAUAUUUCUGUAGCUCAUCUUAAAUUCAAGAAGGUAAUUCAUUCAAGAGAAAUUAGAAGAAAGAGAAAAUUAACUUAUGAAGGUUAAGCCAAGAAUUAUUUAGAAUUCUUAAGAAUUUCAUUCUUUAAAAUUCAUUAUACUCUUUAAAAUAUGAUUUAAUUGAAUAUAACUAAGUAAGUAUAACUGAAUUUCUCAAGUUAUUAGUCUCAAGUAACGAUUUUGUAAUGCAGUACAUCCAUGAUCUAGUAGUAAAACAGAAGACUUCCCAGGGAAACCAUGUUGAAAAUUGUUUCGGAAAAGCGAAACAUUUGAUAGCUACCUAAGUAAGUCUGUUUUAUAUAGUUUGAUGAAUGAUAUCAAGUAUUUGUCGAACAGGUGUUAUGUAAAGAAGACGACCUCGGCAUUUCUUUUUCGUUGAUGAAAAUGCUUCAGUCAUCAGAUAUUACAAACAAAACAAGAAUCAAAUGAUUUUCUGAUAUUUGUGACUCAGUGGGUGAAAUUAUUAACAAAUGAACUUCCAUUUUCUCGAGAAACUCGAACUGUAUAUUAUCGCAUCUGGUUGCAACUAGUCUAUAUUUCAGCCGCCAUAAUUUAAUAAUGUAAUGUUUUUCUUCGCUGAACUUGUAAGCUGUCAAAAGAUUUUUUUUUCUGGAUGUAAAAAUGAUUUUCUUCAGAGAAAAGGAAUGGCGAAAUUAUUAAAUCAGGAAUGAAUAUAAUUUCCUUUAGAUAGUAUACUCAGAAUAUUUAACUGCUCUUUCCAGAUACUUACCUAAUAUUACAAUGAUUUUUUUAAAUCGAAAGAAAAACAUUGUGGUUUUUCAUAAAAUCAUCACUGAAAGCACUUAAAAUUUGUUUUGUUGUUUGGUUUAAUUACUCAUGAAAUACGAAAACAUUAGUAACUUAUUAGGGUAUUUGUUCUUAAUACCAUUUUUCUAAUUAUUAAUAAUUGUUUGAAUUCAAUUUUAAUUUCAAAUUUAUUAAAACAAAACAUUUUGCAUCAUUAUUUAUAUCAAUAUCCAGCAUUUGAUCAUCGUGAUUUUUGACACUGUGAAUCAUAAUUAAUUUUAAAUAUUGAGCAAUAGAGGAAUUUUAUAAUUUCGCCAUUUCUUUUUAUACAUAAUUUUCUUUUCUAUUUAGAAAUUAUUCCUAUGAAUUGUUGUAUUGUGUGUAUUUUAUAUUAUUGUAACUUAAUUGUUGUGAUUUGAUAUAAUAUGCUAGUUCCCUUUGUGUCAACUAAAAGCUGUGUUAAUCCUGCUUCUUUUAUUUUACUGUGCAUUGUGCAUGACUGUAGCUUAUUUAGUUGAAUGGAAAAAGGAAACUAUGGAUUUCCUGUUCAACAGAAUGAAUCUUCACAUUUCAUUUUCGUGUUAUUCUUUAACAUUUCAAGCUCAUUAUAUUUUUUAACUAUUAUUUUCGAAAACAACUGGUAUUAUGCAUCAGCACUUUAAAGGUAAUAAAGAUUAUCAAAAAUUAGAUCAAUAUUCUUGCUAAGGAAUAAAGCGUAUACUUAAUGUUGCAAUUUCUCUAGUUAAAUUCAAAAGUAGUCAAGCAAAUAGCAUGAAAUUUUUUAAAAAGUUCAUCUUUUUAGUUAUGCUUUUUACUUAAAACGUAAAAAUGAGAUCUCUUUAUAUUCAGAGCUUUAGGAAAGCAAAGAAUAAAAGAGAAUACAUUAAAAUGUUUUAACUAUUACAAAAAUAGUAAAAUCUUAUAUCCUCCUUAAAUUAAAUAAUACUGCAUUCUUGAAUCCCCUAAUACCAGGCUUUUCUAUCUAAUCUUCCUGAGCAAGUUUAAAUCUUUUGGCAGAAUGUUCAAUAAGAGCCGUUCUUUUGAAGAUUGUACAAGGCAUUAACACGUGUAUUUUGCUUAUUUUCUUCUGAUAAAAUUAUAUGCUUGACUUAAUAUUUGCGAGAUCAUAAUAUUCAUUCUAAUGGUACAAACACGCCUCCGAAUUCUAAAUUCCCAUUUUUUGAUAUAAAAAUUCAUUGUUUUUAUUCCAAACUGAUAUUCAUCUAUUAGUGAUAUAUAUUUUGCAAUCUGAAAAGGAACUUAUUUUGGAUAAUUUAAGAUUAAAUACUUGAUUUUUCUUUAAAGUACAAAGAAUAUCUUUAAAGUAUUAAAUAUACUGUGAGGAGUAUAAUUUCUUUAAAGUAUUAGUCUUAUAAUGAUUAGCUACAAAUAAUUAAAGUGUUAGUACAAAAUUUUUUCAGAGUUCAGCAAGUCAAAUACUACGAUCAGAAUUUAAAUUUUCAUCUCUUCAGUACCACUUACUUAAGCAAAGAAAUUGAAUGCAUCAAGAUUAUUUUUAUUAAUUUAUAUAAAGCUUGCUUUGACCUGUCUCAUACACACAAUCUACUGUCAUAAUGUUUAGAAUAUUUAUUGUGAAUGUUUUUCACAAAAGCUUGCCAAAUGCGUAAACUAGUCCACAGCGCAUCUGAUUAUAUUGAGGGCUUUAUUUAAAACGUUUGCUACUGUAUGUCAUCAAGUAUGGCGUGCAAUACUUUGGGAAGAUUGUAUGAUUUCUUGUUCUUUCCAAGAUUUUGCGUAUCAGUCAAGAAAAUAUUACAUUUAUCAGUUGGUUAUAUAAUCUUGUCUAGUGCAUGGUUUAGGUAACGCCAUUUCGCAAAGUCAGCCAUGUGAAACAUUUUCCCUGUUUUAAUUUUAUUUUUCUAUUAUUUGAACUAAUUGAUUUAUCGUAUAGUUAACUAUACAGCGUAAUUUUAGUAUUUAUUUUAUAGGUUUUAUUUUACCAAAUUUCUUUUUAAAAUUUCUUUUUAAAGUAGUGGAAUUUAUAUUUUUCUGUAACAAUUUUAACAAAUAACCUUUAAUUAUUAUUCUGUUUUUAUUUUCAAAAUAUACUAGUACAUUUUAUUGAUAUUAAUGGUCAUAUUAUAUUACACUGGCAAUCUAAAACACAUUUAAUAUAAUAUAUUAAGUGUUCGAUGCUUGAAAUGAAAACAGUGUUUGUUAUUAAAUAAUUAUCAUCUAAUUGUUAUGAUUCUAAGACAUUUUUCGCAUAUUUAAAUAUUUCGAAGAACAUUUUGAUGAAAAAUUACGUUCCAAAUUCUAAGAACGUUAUACGUGUUACUAUACCAAAAUGAAAUUAUUAUUGUUUAAAUUAAUUUCUCUCUUGAAAAAUCAUGCAUUUUUAAAAUGCAAGAUUGAAGUAACAGUAAAACAAAUGUAGUGCCAUGUACAGGUUGUCGUAGUGCAUCCGUGUGCAGAUUUGAGAUUCGAAAUAAAGCUGAAUUUGUGUGUAACUAAUAGUUCUGUAAUAAACAUGCUUUUUUCCUUUUUUGUCAUAAA